UGGAAACAAGUAGGGAACGCCAUUAGGACGUCGCGGGGCUGAUGAUUGUGAUCCACUGUGAAUUGUCUGUUUAGGUGGUGCAAGGGACGAAGAGGGAUAGUGGCUUGGUAUGAAGUGAAUUUUGCAUUUUGAUGAAUUCGGUUAGCCUUGCCUGUUUGUAUGUGAGGGGAUUUGAGCUAGGCUUUUUGUGCACGGAUAUUAACAAGACCAAUGUAGUGGAAAACAAACAAGGUGCAUUUGUUUGACUAGCUAGAAACCAGAAAGGAAAUCGUCAGUCCGUCAUCAUGCCGAGUUAGUGAAAUCCAACUCCUGUGGGAGGAAACUGUGGUCCCAUCAAUACAUCGUCAUACAGAGUUAGUGAAAUCCUACUCUUGUAGGAAAAAAGAAUUUAUGAAUCCAUCAUAACAUCAUCAUCAUUACAUCGUCAUGCAGAGUUAGUGAAAUCCUACUCUUGUGGGAAAAGAAAUUAUGAACCCAUCAUUACAUCGUCGUGCAGAGUUGGUGAAAUCUUACAAGAGUAGGAAAGGAAACCAUCAAUCAAUCAUCAUGCAGAGAUACAAGAGUUGAAAUGUUUUUUGGCUGUUCAGUUCUCCAAUUAUUCACCAAGAAGGUGUGCUCAGUGCUCACUAACCUUGGAUGGAAUUGCGCCAUUUUUCUUUCUCUGAAAACGUGGGAUACCAAGGAGGAACUUGGUACCAAAGAGGCAGUAGGUGUUGGGAAAUCCUCUUUGGUGCAUCUCAUUUUAAAGGGUUCUGCUAUUGCUCGACCUGCCCAGACAGUAGGAUGUGCGGUUGGCGUUAAACAUAUUACUUAUGGAAGUGCAGGCGGUUCUUCUAAUAACAUCAUCAGCGACGUUCAAAGGAACUUCUUUGUUGAGCUUUGGGAUGUUUCAGGACAUGAACGCUACAGAACAUGCCGUUCAAUUUUCUAUACACAAAUUAAUGGUGUCAUAUUUGUUUAUGACCUCUCUCAGAGGAAGACCAAAACAAAUUUGAAUAAAUGGGCAGUUGAAGUUGCUGAAACUGGCACCUUUUCUGCUCCACUCGGAUCUGGUGGACCAGGUGGGCUUCCAGUGCCUUACCUUGUAAUUGCUAAUAAAGUGGAUCUUGUUCCGAGAGAUGGUUCUAGAGUUAGCAGUGGAAGUCUUGUUGAUUUUGCUCGUCAGUGGGUUGAGAAACAGGGCCUGCUUCCUAGUAGUGAAGAACUUCCACUCACAGAUAGCUUUCCUGGGAACUCUGGUCUCCUCUCGGCUGCCAAAGAAGCAAGAUAUGACAAAGAAGCCGUGAUCAAGUUUUUCCGCAUGUUGAUUAGGAGAAGAUUUUUCUCAAAUGAGCCUGCUGCCCCGAGUCCCUGGUCUCUCACUCCGAGAGAAGAUAGCAUCCUUCCUGUAGAGACUCUCAAAGACGAAGUUGAUAGCUUUCAAAGGAAAAGCGGCGAGGACUUCAUGUACAAGGGAGUAAACCCGCUGCCUGCACAGAGGAACCUCGCAUCGCCACCAGAUCUCAGUCCACAGCAACCGGUGUUCUCUUUAGAUAACUACAGAUAUCACAGAUACUCCUCGCCGUCGCUUCCUGAUGUGAGCAGCAGUAGAACAAGCCGAGAGGAUAUCGAUGUAUAGUACAGAUUACACAGGCCACCACAGUAGUACGUCGAACGCCGACGUGGGAGCAUAUGCUGUGCCUUGACGUUGGAUUCCAUAAUACCUUGCUUGCAGCACAGCGAAGGUACCAAAUACUAUUUGUCGUCACCCCUAAUCUUUUAUCUGAUAGCAGCGAGAUUAUUGUUUUAUUUGGUUUUCUUUAAAUAUGUAUAUUCAUUUAACAGACAUGAGAUUGAUGUGAGUAAAAUAUGUCAAAUAUAGAUUUUUUUUCCUUUGUUUUA